UUUGACUUUAAAACCCUAAAAAGAUUUUGAUUAUCCGUUUCCCAUUACAGAGACAUUGGGACUCGGAUGUUGAUCUCUCGGUGGUGAGUGAUAGCAAAUUUGCCGGAGGUACAAUGACGAGGAAAUCGCAGCCGCAGGCGCAGCAUUCAGUGUCACGUCGCGGCGUCGUGUGGCUCGGAUGGAAGCUCGUUAUCGCUUUCUCCGUCGCGCUUUGCCUUCUUGCUCUCCUCAGGAUCCACCUUCAGUACCAUUCCGUUACGACAUUGGCGCCGCUCUCCGUCGCGGGUUCUCAUAUCUCGCUCCGCAAAUUCUCCGGCGACAGUCCGAAGGUCGCCUUCCUAUUUUUAGCUCGGCGUGAUCUCCCGCUAGAUUUUCUGUGGGACAGAUUCUUCAAGGGUGCCGAUCAGGCGAAUUUCUCAAUUUAUAUACAUUCAGUACCUGGUUUCGUUUUCAAUGAGGACACCACUCGAUCACAGUACUUCUAUGAUCGCCAAUUGAACAAUAGCAUCAAGGUAAUAUGGGGAGAAUCCAGUAUGAUUGCAGCAGAGAGAUUGUUGCUUGCAUCUGCUUUAGAGGAUCAGUCAAAUCAAAGAUUUGUUCUUCUCUCUGACAGAUGUGUUCCGUUAUAUGACUUUGGCUAUAUAUACAGAUAUCUUAUCUCCUCACCGAGGAGUUUUGUGGAUAGUUUCCUUCAUACUAAAGAGACACGGUACAGUGUGAAUAUGUCUUCUGUCAUACCUGAAGAGAAAUGGCGAAAAGGAUCCCAGUGGAUAACUGUGGUCAGAAGUCAUGCAGAGGUCAUUGUAAAUGAUGUUAUCGUCUUCCCAGUUUUUGAGAAAUUUUGCAAGAGAGCUCCACCUUUAGGUUCCCAAAAGGCAUGGCUGUUUCUUAAACAGAACCGGCGCAACUGCAUCCCCGAUGAACACUAUGUGCAAACAUUGCUUACGAUGCGCGGACUAGAGAGUGAAAUGGAACGAAGAACACUGACAUAUACUGUAUGGAACAUUUCGGGUACAAAAUAUGAAGCCAAAUCUUGGCAUCCCGUCACUUUCACAUUCGAAAACUCUGGCCCUGAGGAAAUAAAAGAAAUAAAGAAAAUAAACCAUGUCUAUUACGAGUCUGAAUCACGAACAGAAUGGUGUAAGGCCGAUUCAAAACCCGUCCCGUGCUUUCUCUUUGCAAGGAAAUUCACCAAAGAAGCCGCUAUGCGCCUUGUAAGCGAAGGACUAAUAGGAUCGUCAACAAACACAACCUUAUAAGAUUAUAUAACUCUGCAACAGUGUAAGCAAGGAGUUUAGGUUACAAGCUGAAAAAGAGAACGUCUCUUGUAGUUAAAACAAAACAACGGAGAGUAUACAUAGAGAGUGGUGAAUAGCACUGAUACAUUACAGAAUUACAGACAUCAAUGAUGAGGUUAGUUCAUUGAUUAUAAAUGACUUGGUACAAAGUAAGAUCCUUCAUGAAUUUUCUAAACUAUGGAACUUUGUUUGGGUUUUGAAGACAAGAUAUAACACACAGUAUUUGCAAUGAA